GGAGACUCCCUGGGAGCUGCUACUGAAAGCUGAACCGGGAACCAGGAAAUGCACAAGCCUCUAUCUGUAGCAAAACAGCUGGGCUCCCCGGGAGACAGAGCACCAUGGGAAACCGGCUCUGCUGCGGGGGAAGCUGGAGCUGCCCAUCAACUUUCCAGAGGAAAAAGAAAAUGGGGAGCCAAGCAAGACGGACAUUAAAGCAGCAGCAGCAGCAACAGAAUGGCACAAAGGGCCAUGACCCAACGGGACGUACGUAUGAGCAGGUGUUAAAGCAGCCUGUGUCUCAGGAGAGGAGUCAAGGCCUCAGGUCGGAGGAGAGCAGCUUACACUAUGCAGACAUUCAAGUGUGCAGCCUAACCCAGACACGCUCUGCCCAGGAGGUGAAGCACCUACAGCUAGAAAAUGCUACAGAGUAUGCGACCCUUUACUUCCCCCAGUCCACACCCCGCUAUGACAGCAAGAACGGGACCCUAGUAUGAGCCCUGGAGAGGAGGGACCUGUUUGCAUCAUUUCACCACUAUGGCUGUGGGGAGAAUCUACUGCUUUGGGGGACUGGCUGGCAGCCCAGGGAUGGCGGACACGUCUUAGGCUUAAAGAACUACAGAGCCCCUGGAAUUGAGGGCCCCAGUCUUGCGCUCUCCCUAAGCCUAUCUCUUAUUUGCCACCAUUAGCUUGGGGUUGUAUUUGGGUUACCUGGGGGUGGAUGGAGUUCUACAAAAUGAGAGGGCUAGGCUGAGUGUGCGGGAAGGUAGGGUUUUGCCCCCUACCUUUGUUCCUGCUCUCUAGAAAAGUGCAGAGGGAACAGGUUACCCUUGAAGCAUCUGCACUUGAGCCGAUUUUGUUGGAGUUAAUUUGAUGGUAUCCCUUCUACACACCUUAAAC